GGCCUCUAGGCGGUGCAGUUUCCCUCGGCAUUUUCUUUGUUUUUUCCAUCUCUCGCCCGUAGCCCGUGAUCUCUAAUCAUACGGUGGCUGCCAAUUUUUUAAAAACAUUUAUAUGAUGGCGGAGGAUAGUGAAUCCGCGGCCAGCCAGCAGAGCCUGGAGCUAGACGACCAGGACACCUGCGGGAUAGACGGCGACAAUGAGGAGGAGAAUGAGCAUAUGCAGGGGUGAGGAUGGCCUGGCCGGUCCGGCUGGAAAACGCAGUAACGUUAUUUCAGGGAGCCUGUUUGUGCGCUGCCUGUUUAUGUGUGUGCUAGCGCAGUCGAGCUAACGUUAGCUGACACAAACACAAACAGACAGCUCACUACAAGGCCGGGAAUUUAAGCUAGUAACCACAGGAGAAGUGUUUAUUAAAUUCGUUAAUUAUAGUGUUAGUUUAGUUGUUUUAACGCGCUUAAAUUUACUCUCAAAUGAGCUCGCGCCCCUAUUGAAUGACAUGACAGCUAACGGCUGAGACAAACCGUUAGUUAGCUUGCUAACGUUAGCAGAGUUCAGCUGUCAGUCGUUGCUAUGGUAGCUAACGUUAGCUCAAUGCUGCUGCUGCUGCUGCGGUUGUGUUUGCGAGCGUGUUUAGGAUCAUACGUGUCUUAAAUAAAGUGAACUCCUUGUACACUGAUGUGGCAAACUUAUGCGUUCAUGUGUGCAGAAGUCCUGGCGGAGACCUGGGGGCAAAGAGGAAGAAGAAGAAACAGAAAAGGAAGAAAGAGAAGCCAAGCUCGGGCGGAGCAAAGUCUGACUCUGCCUCCGACUCCCAGGAGAUCAAGGUGCGAUGAGUGCACGAUGGAAAUGUGUCCAAACCCUUUUGAUGAGAGAACCUAAAACCACAACCCACCAAACUGGAUCAUAUAGUCAGCGCUGUAGUUGGUAGACGGGCUACUCUAAGAAAGUACAUGAGCACAUGGGACAAACCUGUUGGUUAGCCAUCACUUUGACUGUGUCAAUAAGGGUAAAUUGUCCUCGGCCUAAGUUUAGACAUGGCAUUGAAACCCAACAGUAACCUAAGAUGACUGGGAUCAUGGUGAAACAGCCUCAAAACAUAAACCCGUUUGUGCAUUUGUUUGCUUACUAAUGAUAUCCCAGUUCUAGAAACAGGUUCAAGCCUUUCAGCAUGAAGUGCUACUUAGGGCACUGUUACAAAACUGAGAUACUUUGGCAUGUAAUAAACUUAUCCAGGAGGAUUUUUGUACCUAAUGCAGCAGGUGUUGGUGCUGUAUUGAAGCACACCAACUUGAAAGGUGUUCCAAGUGUUUUGAAUACACUUGGCAAAAAUACAAGGAACCCCUUAUAGUAUUACUGAUAUCAACAAACCACCGCACUCACCAUAUCACUACAUAAUAAAUAAAAUGUACAGUAAUCACCUGUCUGAUCAUGUCGACAAAAACUCAAAGUUUGUAUUGCGCUGCUUAAGAUUAUCCAGGUGUUCAUAAUGAUAUUGCUGGCUAGUUUAUGUGCUUUAAAACACCAUUUUUCAGUCAAUAAUCUGACAUUACCAACUGAAUCCGACCUGUUGUUGACCGUAAGUACGGCACUUUUUUUCUCUACAUAAAGAACCCAGGCUUGCCCAUACAAAAGCUGCAAGACAUCCAAAGAGCCAUGGAGUUGCUGUCCUGCCAAGGUCCAGCAAAGAGCAUCGAUGAGGCAACCAAGCACAAAUACCAGUUCUGGGACACCCAGCCAGUGCCGAAGCUAAGUAAGUGCAAAAAUGUGCUCAAGUCGGCAAAUUCUUCUUUUUUCUUUCUUUCUUUUUUUUUUUAAGUAAUUUGUUUGUAUUUUACUCCAAACAGCCACUGACAUGUUGGAAUAAGUUUGUUUUUCUUUUUUAAUUGUAUUUGUCAGCCUUUCCAUUGCAAGGCCUGAAGACAGUUCUUUUAUCCAGAGAUUCACAGAUGGAUUGUUUUCACUUUUUCAAUGUCUAUCGAUAAGAUGCUUCACUUGUACCAGACAGAGGUUAACCAACUUACUUUCAUGAGAUCUCAAGGUUAAUGACUCAGGAAUAAUGCCAAGAAUGCAAAUGUCUGGGCAGAGAGGAAUCUUCUCAAAGAUAAUAUUUGAUAUUGUAUCUGUUAUUCCCCUCCAGAAACCUUGGACUUGAUUACAUUCCCAUAAGCAAUGAAAUGGAGUCCCUCUUUACGUUUGUUUUUCUGAUAAAAAAAAAUGCUUUUUCUACCUAAGAAGAUACUGAUUAUUCGCAUAUCUAAUGGUUUGUUUCAGAAAUGAUAAAAAAAACAUCCAUACUGAAAAGCUCUUCUAUCAACUGUCAGCAGAAGCAUCUCUACCAUCAUCCUGGGAUACAGUUUCUGUGCACCAGGGCCAUCUACUGGAUUUAUUUUGUCACAGUCUGCACUGCUAAAAAGGUCCCAACGUGCCAUGAGAGAAUUUCAUUCAUCUGAGAUUACCUGGCAUGUGUUUAUUUGUUCUAAAGUACAGGACAAAAUCAUUGUCAUGAGUCGGCUCUCAAUUUUCUACCCUGAACAGCAGCAGUUGCAAAAGUUUGAUGGUAUGAGAGCAGCUGGAAGUGAUGACAUCUUUGGAUAUGAACUCAAAACCGUUUUUUUGUUCAACCCGGUUUCAGACAGGGAAUGUUUGAACAUGAAACAGCCUUUAUUUGAUCACCGUCUUUCUUGCAUUUAUUCUGUUAAAUCUCAUAAGUAUAUUAGGCAUCAUAUCUAUUUUAUCAUUCAUUUUUUAGAUGGUCUUGUUCUGUUUCCAAGUUGUAAUGUUACAAAUCAUAUCACUCAUGUAGUUAUUGGUUUUCAGUCAUCUUUAUGCAAGAUAAGCACACAUAUCUUCUGUUGACAGUGACAAAAUACAUCCAUUACUAGCUAUGGACAAGAACUGCCAUUGUGUGUUUUUACAAAUGAGAAUUGAAAUGAUGAAAUUAAGAUGAGGAUUACCUGAGCUAAAAGCGUGAAAAGAUCCUUGACCAGUAAAGACAAGAGUUCUUCUUUUUGCAGAUGAGGUGGUGACAAGUCACGGGCCAAUAGAAGCAGACAAAGAAAACAUUAGACAGGAGCCAUAUUCCUUACCUCAAGGCUUUAUGUGGGACACUCUGGAUCUUAGCAAUGCUGACGUAGUAAGUAUUUUUUGAAAGCACUUGCACAUUGAAAAAGGGGGAUGCAGCUAAUGAGCAUUGUCUCUAUUGGUAUCUGUAGUUUAAGGCUAACUUAGUGUAUGAAAAAACAUUUCGUGAAGCACAUUUUCCUCUUAUCACGUCCUCCUUUUUUUUCCAGUUAAAGGAGUUGUACACCUUACUAAAUGAGAACUAUGUGGAGGAUGAUGAUAAUAUGUUCAGAUUUGAUUAUUCUCCAAACUUUCUAAAAUGGUAAGCUGUCAUUCCUGAUGUUACUUUGGUCAAAUGCUUCAUAAAUGCACGUGCAUGUGUAUUCAUACAACUAAACUGUGUGUUUUACAAUCUAACGUCCUACUCCUGCAGGGCACUGCGUCCACCUGGCUGGUUACCACAGUGGCAUUGUGGAGUGAGAGUGUCCUCGAAUAAGAAGCUUGUUGGCUUUAUCAGUGCCAUACCCGCAGAUAUACGCAUAUAUGACACGUGAGCAUUCAUAAAUGAUCAUUAACAGCUGGAUCAGACUAACAAUGCGAGUUAAUAGAAACCCUUGUGAUUUAUGUCUCAUUUUUUUCUGUCUGCUGCUCCAGAGUGAAGAGGAUGGUUGAAAUCAACUUCCUGUGUGUCCAUAAGAAGCUGCGCUCGAAGCGUGUCGCUCCUGUGUUAAUCCGAGAAAUCACACGGAGGGUAAACUUAGAAGGAAUAUUUCAGGCAGUUUACACUGCAGGAGUAGUUCUGCCUAAACCUGUGUCUACAUGCAGGUAUGCAAAACUUUAUAAAAGACCCCUUUCACACAUUAACCCCUGACAAUUUGCUUUACACAUGCAUUACAUGUAGGGUGAGAAAGUAAUAAGUAGAACCAGAAUUCUUGACUCUUCCUCUCUUUCCUCUCUUUCUGUUUUUGCCUUUGCCAGAUACUGGCAUCGUUCUUUGAACCCCAGAAAACUCGUGGAGGUGAAAUUCUCCCACCUGAGCAGAAACAUGACCCUGCAAAGAACCAUGAAACUCUAUAGACUACCAGAUGUAAACACUUCACAAUUUUUAAUCCUCGAUGCCUUUUUACUGUUCCUGUCAGUGUUAGAAGCUGAUAUGAGCCCCUAUUUCCUUACCCCGUACAGAGCACUAAGACUCCCGGUCUGCGGCCAAUGGAGAGGCGUGACAUUCUCCAGGUAACUGAGUUGCUGCAGAAAUAUCUGAGACGUUUCCAGCUCGCACCCUCGAUGGGAGAGGAGGAAGUGGCUCAUUGGUUCCUGCCUCAGGACAACAUAAUCGAUACAUAUGUAGUAGAGGUAUCUGGGAGUAAUAUCUUUUCUCAAGAUCAUGUCAGCUCAUAUGUUUUCUGAUCUUUUUUUAAACACUUCAUGUUUCUCUCUUGUUUUCAGGGAGCUGGUGGUGCACUGACAGAUUUUGCUAGUUUCUACACUCUGCCCUCAACCGUGAUGCAUCACCCUCUACAUAGGAGCCUGAAGGCUGCUUACUCUUUUUACAAUGUUCAUACACAAACCCCACUACUGGACUUAAUGAAUGAUGCACUGAUUCUGGCCAAACUGGUAAUGUCUUUCUCUGUGCAGAUCUAUUGCAAAACACCUGUCAUUACUGGAUAAAUUUCGCUAUAUUAUGAUCCUUAAAGGAGGAAUUUGUUGAGUUGCUCACGUUGAAAAGCUGAUGUUUGUUGUGAAAUUGUCCCUAGAGAGACUUUGUAACUUUUCUUUACAGUUCCAGUGAUCAAGUUUGUCCAUGUCUUAUUCUGUUUGUCUAACAGAAAGGUUUUGACGUGUUCAAUGCCUUGGAUCUAAUGGAGAAUAAGGUGUUCCUGGAGAAGCUUAAGUUUGGCAUAGGUGAUGGAAAUCUGCAGUAUUACCUCUACAACUGGAAAUGUCCCCCAAUGGACCCCGACAAGGUCAGCAACAUCAUAUUUAGUCUGAUCUGAUGAUCUCCACUUUCAUCACCCUGAACGUUCUGAUACUAAGACUCAGUAAGAAGAAAUUAAGUAAAUCCCUGAUUAAAUUUUUUUGAAAUUGUCGCUAGUUGACAAUGCUGUAGUAUAACAUGAAUGUAAUGUAACAUUGAAUAUAGAGAUGGACAGUGGUUUAUAAAACUUAAUGAGCAAUAUUUGAUUUUUACAAAUCUGUCUGUGCAUCAGUCUAGAAAUUGGUUUAAUCAGAGAGAGUUGGAUACAUCUGAUAAAUCUGACUGGUAUUGUUGAGUCAUUUGUUCAACUUAAGCAGCAUUUCAUAGAAUCUAAUAUGAAGUUUGCUUGUUUUGUCCCUCCUCUUGUGCAGAAAGCAAACAGUGCCCAGCAGUUAGACCUUAUAGAUAGUCAAGUUUUAAUAUGACUGUACUUAUCGUUGUAACAGUAGAUGAACCCUUUCUUUUCAGGUUGGCCUGGUCCUUCAGUAGCAGGCCCCCACCCAAGCUGCUACACAAACACUGAUCAAGUGGUCAGAGGUCGGCGACCUUUUGCCACUCCUUACCUGGACACACAGGUAGCCCAAGCUAGACAAUGAGAACUACAACAGAAAAGAAAAAAACAACAACAUCAACAACCCAGAGACUGGGACUUGGUCCAGCAGGCACUCGUGUCAUCAAGAACAAUACUCAGUUCACUUGAAGGUGAAAAUUCCGAAAUCAUCAACAUCCUGAAUGUGAAGUCAUGCUAUGCCUGAGAUACUCAUACAGUACAAUGCUCUGACAUGCACACUCACAUUUACAAAACACACCAGUUUGACAUACAAGAGGUUGCCUUGACAUUGUGAAUUUUUGUUAGUUUUUCUUCCUCAGCUGACGCCUUGUUAAAGGGACUGGCAUGCUGUUUUAAUGUUGCUGAUACUGAACUAUGUAAAUGAUCAUCAACAGGUCAACAUGUCCACAAAACAAACAUUUGGUUAUUGUGUCCCCACUGCAAUUGCACACUUGCAGAGUAAAGAGGAUCUUAAAGGCAACCGACAAGUUAUUGUUUCCAUACCGUCUCAUAUCAAUGUCUGCGGGCUGUUUCUGGCCUUCGGUCCGAUUACAGAUGCGAAGAACUUGUUUUGUUUUACAGAUGAAAUGUGAGAUUUUAUUUCCUGAAGCAUCUGAAGAGAAAUAUCAUCUUCAAAAUCUCAAAUGUUUUUUUCACACACAAACACACACACACACACGAAAAGAAAGGACUCAUCCACCUGGUGCAUUGAUACACACUUUUUUUGUUAAGAAUAUAUAGUUACAUGUACAUUGAAAGCCAGAUCAUAUUUAUUCCUGUAGUGUGAGUUUGGGGUUCGGGAGGGCUGAUCCAAAGUAUUUUCCUCAUAAGUAGUGUAGAUGUCACUGAGUUUGUUCAGAUCAUGUGGGUUUAAGUGGUUUUUUGAUAAAGAAUGUAUUGCAUUAAAGAAGCACAAUUUUUGAGUUCGUUAACAAGCAAAGGGUUUAUUCUUUUUAAAGGGUCCGAUUUAGACACUGAAAGGCUAGUGUACAGACUGUUCACCUUUAUUUCUUGAAGGAUGUGAACUGUUUUUAUGUUAUAAACCUGUCUCUGGAGCUGAUUGGUGUUUGGUUAAGUUUUCAAGUCUGUCUUAACAAAGACAAAAGGACUGAAAGUACAGGUGGCAUGGUGGGUACACAAGCAAGCAAAGCCGAAUUGGAAACAAAAAGGCUGGAAAACACAAAAAGAACACUUCAAAUAUAGCCAGUUGAAUUUUUUCUUUUCAGAUUUUGUACAAAAAUAAGAAGUCAUUUUGGUCUAAAGACAGUUUUGUAGCCUAAAUAUGGCUUCCUUUAAGAAAGAGUGAUGUUCUCAGUUAAGUUCUGUUUUAGGCCGUAUGUGUUCGUUCUCUUUUAUAAAUGUAGUCAUUGUCAGUCUUCUGUUAUUCCUUUAAGUAGCUUCUUGGAUAUCAGUGAGUAUGAUGCCCCUGAGAAGCUGCUGAUCGGAAGAAAUACAUAACAUGGCUUGCAAACUUUAUGUAUGUGACCAUCCAUGUUUAACGUGUUCUCAAACUCGGAUUAAAAAAAAAAACUGAGCACAAGUUUGAAGGCAUUUUCAGAAGAAUUAAAGAGCAUUUAUUUGGAGUAAAGUGGCUGCAUUAACAAAAGCUUCUAUCUGUAAAAGCAUCUUUUUGAAAUUGGUGUUCCCCUGUUUUUCUGGGUCCAUUUUUAUUGACUUCUCUAAAUGUUUCUUUUAACGGUACGGUAUUUGUGUGUCAAAAGAUACUGUUGGUUGUAUGCGUGUUGUGUGGCCUAAUGUUUGAAACGGUUCACAUAUUUGUAAAAGUACUUUCAAAGAACAUGAUUUGUCCUUUUUGUUUUGAAGUUAUGUUUGUGGGGCAUUUUUGCCUUUAUUAGACGGGACAGCUGAAGAGAAAAUGAGGGCAGGAGACGUGCAGCUAAGGAUUGUGGCCAGGAAUCAAACUAGCAGCCGCUAAAACAGGGAUCACAGCCUCUAUACCAAGAGCGCUUAGACUGACAGGCCAUCUGUGCCCCAUUCUUUUUUCCUUUUUUUUAAGUAAUUCCCUUUACCUUCAUCUUAAAUAAGGGGUUCAGCUACAACUAUCUGGCACUUUUCUGUGUGAAAUCUUUGAAAAGCUGUUGUCAGACCACUUUUUAUAGGAGCUGCUUGUGUACUCAGUUUCAAAUGUUUUAUAAUUGUCUUCUUGCUCAGUGUUAACUCUUUGUCUGCAUAACUUAAGUAGAGGCUGCUGCCAUUUUCAUCGUCUGUUUUUCCUGUCUGUGGGUUUCUUCUCAUCCCUUUAUAUUUUAGCGAGAAAAGACGACCAAGUCAGUGCUUCAGGGUUCUAUUUUUUUUAUUAUUUUGUCCUUGGAAAGAUGAAUGAGCAUCCUUCACAAAGACAGACUUUAACAGCAUUUAUUUAUCAUUGAAUCCGGGUUACUGAGUUGACGGUGUGCCUCAUGGAUGCUGGUUGUGUUACAGAUGUGUUGCCUGCAGCUGUUUGAAUGAACUUUGAGCAUGUCCGUUUUGCUGCCGUGACAAUUUGAAACAUUGUUACUUGCCACACCCUUUAGUGCGAACUCAAACCCGAGGUACCUGCCUUAUUUAAAAGAUGUUUUGUUUUAUGAUCAAGGUUUUUGAGGGUAUGGGAGAGCGUACUUUUGAGAUGGCAUACAGCUUUCUCGAACCGAAGAACAAUAUUUUUAUUCAAAUUCAUUGUAAGCUGUGAAAAAGCUGAAGAACUGUACCAGCAUCAUUUAGACAUGACCCCAUGCAAACAAUCUGUUUUAACUCACUCGUCAGCUAUACCAGCAUGAAUAUUUGAUUGAAUAAACUCACUUUAAAGAAAGGAAUGGCUGAUGCUCUUAUUUUUUCAGGACGUGUACACGAGCUGUAACUCUGAAUGUUUUAAAAUUAACUCAGUCAUAACACUAUAUUUGUUCAGCUCUAAAACUCAUGUUUCCACCACCUUCAACUUCAGGCAUAUUUACAGAGGAGCGUGAAAGAAACAUCAGAUGUGUGUCCACAUUAUCCAGAAACAGACCCCUCAUUGUAAGUAUAACUUUUCUGUUUCUGUGCUGACUUUAAGUAUCAGAGUUCAAACUUUUUAUUUUCCAAUUCAUAGCAGUUUAGCAGUAGUUGGUUUCUUCCCUGAAGAAGUACAAAAAAACAACCUCUAAAAAUGAAACUUGUUCCAACAUAUGCUUGCUUUUCAUUUUUACUAUUUUCAUUCUCCUUUUAACACAUUAGCCAAAGCCAACUGACACAGCGCAAAACUAAAGGUGACCAAUGUUUAACUUAUAUUUAUCUUCUUGUAACUUUUUACUUUGGCUUUGGUGAUCGUCGUUAGAAACCAGGAAAAACCUUCAAACUGUUCAUUGUUAUACCAACAAUCAAAGUCAUAAAAAGUUCUGUUUCAGAUUUAAUUCCUUUGUUCUGAAUUAUCUCAAGCGAACUGCAGAUGCUUGCAAAUUCAUCUACAAUUCAUUCAAAUCUAAAGCUAAAUCCCGACAAGUCAGACGCAAACAUAAAAUCAAUAGCUGUGAAAAUGUUAAAAUAAAUCAUUAAGAGAAUGAGUAACUGUAGUAUGUGAUGUCCAUGAGAAUGGGCUCCUUUGAUGUCCAAACUGAAGCCAUACAUGAGCUUCAAAAAGAGCCCAUUCAAAGAAUGCCUCGUUUUUUCAUUCAUAAGAAACACUGUUAACUGCUGCUUUGAGAAAAUCUAUAACAAAGUAAUUUUUCUUUCUACUAUCAACCAGUUUUUGUUUUAUUUCAGCAGUUAUGACUUAGCCUUUUCUUUUCUUUUCUUUGCAGGAUUAGGAACUAUUUUUUUCACUGCAAGAGGUUGCAGUCUGCUGGAGGAGCCGGACUUUGUAAACUCAGAUUCAGUUUCUAGUUUCCUCUUCUGUCCCUUCUUCUGCUCAACAUCCCCACCCUCCUCCUCUUCAGGGCCACCUGGGUCUUCGGGUUUUACACUCUGUGUUGCACCCUGUAGCCAGGCUACAUCUAGAGAGGGCACUCGGGGUGUAAUGAUCUCCACAAUGUCAGUGAACAUGUCAUUGUCUGUGGAGGCACAGUGUCUGAAUCCCAGUGCGAGGACACUUUUCAGCCCCAAUGGCUCGGACACAUUCUGACUCAGUCGAGGCACCUGGCAGGCCGGGACACCUCUGGUCGCACUAAGAGCAAUGAGAUGAUUGAUCAUGUGUCUCGGCUUGACAGACUUGCACACAAGCAACAGCUUGAGCUCGUUCCUCUCCAGUGCUUUGGUGACCUCGUUGAUACCGAUGGCUAGCUGCCUUCUGGCUGCCACGUUUGUCCAGCCAUUUUUGGAGGGUUCCUGCUCAGACAUGUCCUGGCUCACCUGCAGAACAGGCUCUGAUGUGGAGGGAGAGUUUUUCUUACUCUUUUUCCUCCAUGGGCGAAACACUUUGACCUCUUUCUUCUCAAGACCAGUAGAAACCAGCUUGUCCUUCAGGCUAUUCAGAAUGAAAUGCAUGUCUUCUUGGGGCAGUGGGCUCCAUUUUGGAGUGAAGGGUGAGGUGAAAGAUGUCUUGGCUUGGACAUGUCUUUUUAUUUCCUUUUUACUUGGCUUCCCUGGAGUGGCCAUUCCCUGAAAUCAAGGAAGGAAAAAAUGUACACAGUCAUAUGACGAGUGGAGACUGAUCAACAUUUCCACAAACACUAAUCCAUAUAUUACAAUAUAUGCCAAUACAAACAUCUGGAAGAUUUCUAACAUCUUUUCCCCUUCAAGAGGACUUACUAGUAGUAGUAGUAGUCGUUAAUUCAGUCAUGACAACACCAAAUAUUGUACACAAUAUUGACAUUUCACACAAAAUCACUAAAUCAAGAGUCAUGUGUUGAAUAUUGACUGGAAAGGCAUAGGCAGAAGCAGACUGCUUAUAAAAGCCUAUCCUGUAUUGUCAACUUUUUUAGGCUACCGACCUCCAGAAAAGCAAAGAAACCACAACAACAGAUAAUUAAUCGCACUUAUAAGCUUCAAAAAUAGCUUUACAAACCAUUUUCUUAAAAAACGAAAAAGAAUUACAUGUUUUUAGAUUUAUGUUGACAUCAUUCCAGAAUUUAACUCCAGUAAUGGAGUAAUAGAUUAAACGUAUCACAGGUAAACACUAUACACAUCAUUAAUUCUACUAAUUAGAUAUUAGAAGCUGUUUCUAUUGAUUUAUUACAGUUCGAGUUAUCUUUGGACUCUUACCUUAACUCUGCGUCUUCACAGUUCACUAUUACUGUUUUUACCAUUAACUGCUCAACCGACAACUAAGAGCUCCAUCGAGUACCUGAUACUGAUCCACACGAAACUCUUUUUGGGUGAUAUUUUUAGUCCUUUUUCGAGACUCACAUCGACAACACGUCGUGGUCACAGGGCGCCGCCAUUUUCUUU